UGCCAACUUUAAGUCUUUAUUUAAAGACAUUGAAAACUCUCAAGCUGCUACUCAAGACUUUACUCAGGUUUCGUCUUCAUCUCAAUUAGGCAAAGAUGACCACUUCUCAAAUAUGUCUCAGGACUCAUAUUGCAUUACUGUUGGAACAACCAAAAAAUUCAAUCCUAAUCAAUUUGGUUGGUACUAUGAGAGUUGUUCCAAAUGCACAAAGUCCUCAAGGUCUAUGGGUGAGAAUUAUACAUGCUCAUGUGGUGAAAAUGUCAAAGUUCCAAUUGCUAGGUACAAAGUUGUUAUUCAAGUUGAAUCCGAAGAACAUAAGGCUGAUUUUGUUUUUUGGGAUAGUGAAUGUCAUGGUAUUAUUGGUACAACUGCUGAAGAACUAAGGGAGAAAAUGAAGAAGGUUGGUGAGGACGAUCCCAAAAUCUAUCCUAUUGAUCUUGACAAGCUACUGAACUUAGAGUUUGCAUAUAAAGUCAAGUACCAAAGUUAUUAUCGUCAAGCUUCCAUUAAUCAGAUGACCAAUGAUCCAACACUUAUUGCUAACAUCAAGCUUCACAUGAAUUUAAAACAUCCUUCACAAUCUGUUGAAAUUUAA